CCACCCCCGCGCGGCGCGAGCGGGGACCCGCCGGUUCAGCUCCGCACUACCGGCGGAGACGGGAGGACCCGGGAACCAGACCCCGGCGUCCGCUCGCGCAGCCCUGUUCAGGCGUAGGCCCGCAUGGAGGGGACUCCGGAGUCCCCGACGCCUGACCUGCGAGACGUGGAGGGCAAGGUGGGCAGGAAGACCCCUGAAGGGCUGCUCCGCGGGCUACGAGGCGAGUGGGAGCCGGGAACCUCUGGCUCCCUGCUGCUCUCGGGGGCUCCCAGCACGGGCCACGGCCUGGGGGACAAGAUCAUGGCGCUGAGGAUGGAGCUGACGUACCUGCGAGCCAUCGAUGUGAAGAUCCUGCAGCAGCUGGUGACCUUGAAUGAGGGCAUUGAGGCGGUGCGCUGGCUGUUGGAGGAGAGGGGGACGUUGACCAGCCAUUGCAGCAGCCUCACCAGCAGCCAAUAUAGCCUGACAGGCGGGAGCCCUGGCCUCUCAAGGCGAGGCAGCUGGGAGAGCCUGCCAGACACCAGCAUCACUGACCGGCUGGACAGCAUCUCUAUCGGCAGCUUCCUGGACUCAGUGGCCCCCAGUGAGCUGGAUGAGCAGGGUCCUCCUGGGGCUCCCUGUCCUGAGAGGGACUGGGCAAAGGUUACACCCAGUGGGGAGAGGGCCAGGCCUGAGGUGGACCUAACAGCCACCAGACUAGGGAGCUUGAGGGCUGUGUGGAAGCCCCCAGGGGCGGGGCUCCAGGGUGGACCUCCUGAGCCACCAGAAGAUGAGAGUGCCAAGCUGGGCUUGGAGGCCCACUGGUACUGGGGGCAUAUCCAGGAUGAUGUUACCUUUUUGUAACAACUCUUCCACCCUUUGUACUCCUAUUGCUCUUUCAUCACUAGACCCUGGUCUCCCUCAAAAUUUAUUCUCCCUUAAUCUGGGACAAGGACGAGGCUACGUUCUAGUCAGUUACCAUGAAAACCUGGCCUUACCAUCCCUCUGGGUCACUGUGGAAGCUCUGCCUUUAUCCUUCAAUUAUUGGGUCCCUAGAGCUAUUUCCAUAGAUACAUUGGCUCUAGAGGUUUGACCUGUGGGUCCUGGUGUGAUGCUAUCUCUUCCCCUUCCCCUAUCUACUAGGUAAGGAUUGGAGGGAUUUAGGACUCUAGAUCAGUGAUGAGAGAUGGGGAUGUAAUUACCUCACCCAACGUCUAGGAGCCUUGGCCCCUCAAGGCCAAGAUGGAGGAUUGCAGAAGGACAUGGACAUUCAGGGCCAGCCCUCCAUGGAUUGGCCCUCCCAAAAGCCUUUGGGGCUGGCAGAACCAUCCCUUCUUGUCUGGAGAGUGAUGUCAUUUCCUGCCAGAAUGGGUUAAUAUUUCCUCUGUCCUUUAGUGGAGACUGGUCCCUGUAGGGUGGCUGAGCCCCUUGUGCUGAGUGAGACCAUACCAUUUAUUCUCCAUACCAUUACAUCUUGUGAGUGGGAACAUUUCACCCCUCCUGGCAAGGAACUUUCUCACUGUCACAUGUUUGUGUUUAUCUUCAGAAAGGUUCUUACUUUUAAAACAGGGUGUUCUCAUUUUAUCCUAGGGGGAUCUCACAUCCACUGUGGCCACAUCCCUGUCUGAUGCCAGCCCUCCUGAAACCAUGCUUUUUAGGGAGGGAACUGGCAGGGGCCUCCAAGUCUGUCCAGGGCUCUUAAGUCUGUCUAGCCUGCCCUGCCACAAUCCCUUGUCUACCCUGUCCCUGGGUUGCCCUCAUUCUUGUAUUCUGGCUCCAAAUCUGCCUGCCAAAAGAUUCAGCCUCUGUGUCUCCACACCUUCUCUCUUUGCACUCCAGGCCUCAGGCCUUUUAUUUCCAGAGGAGGCUCCCAACCUUCUCCUCCUCUUGCUGAUGGGAACUACAGGGAAGCAAAUCUUGAGGUCUCAGAGCUCUGGUGGUUUACUAGAACUUCCAAGGUGGAGAACUGUCUUCUCCUGUGAUCCUGUGAUUCCCCUUCCCCCACCCUGCCCCAGACCUUCCACCAUUUGGUCACAAGGAUGCCUGUCAGGCUGGAUGGAACACAAGGAAUCCCCUUGUCUGGGUUACAAUGGUGGGGCGGGGCAGGGAAAGACAGAGGCUCUUUGAUCCUAGGGCCCACAUCCUGGGAGCAGGGAAAGACUGAGGGAAAGGCACUUUUCUUCCUUCAUUAGAGCAAGCCCUAGACUCCUGGGACCUGAGGAGGGAGCAGGGUACAGGCUCUGGGCCUGGGUCCCAGGGCCCUAGUGAAUUAUACCAAAGAAGGAAUUCAGAGAUGCUGCCAACAUAGGGCUCAGGGAGGACAGGCUGUGGGCGACAAGGUCUGUGGCUGACGUCAAAGAAUGAAUUCUUAGAGAUUAACCGUUUGAAACCCUGGUAACUGCCCAUAUAUGUUGGUUCCUAUUUUCCCUAGGCCCUGAAACUAGAUUAUUGGAAGGCGACAAGGAGAGAAAUGGAUAUCAGGUGACCUUUCCUAUUUGCUGUGCCCUCCUGAGUUGAAGGAGCCUUCUCUAAAUCCUCAAAUAACUCCUGCGAUGUGUCUACUUUUCAUUCUAUGCUGGGGAAGGGAAGGAAGCCAAGGUGGUCAUCUCCACUUCCUCUAAACUCCCCGAAUCUUAUUCUGCAACCCCACAAUCCUUUUGGGCAGUACAUUCAGUCCAUGGCUCUCCCCUAAAGAGUCCCUCUUCUCCCAUCCCCUCAAAGUGACUGAAAUCUCUAAAGCAUGUCCUUACCCUCUCCUACUGUGCUACCCACCUCUCAUCACUUCUCCUGAUUUUGGGGCUCCUGACUUCCCCUCAGGCAGGGAAUUCAAAUACUCGUUUCCAGUGCCUGCUCUGUUGCCAUUUUGCAGUGUGCCCUUGGAUAAACUACCUUUUCACUUGGGAGCCUUGUAUUCCUUUUUGAAGCUUACUUGUUGGUUUGGGCUACAAACUUCUGAGCUGAAGAGGUUGCCCGCCCUCUUGUGGCCAUCUUGCAUCAUUGCCAGGCAUAGAUGGUUAGAGCCUCCAACCUCAGCUAUAGACUUACAGACCAGCCUCUUCAGGGCAUAGACAGGCUAGGGAGUCAGGCCGAGAGAGGGCAGAGACUUGCCCAGUGUCAUCCACUGUAAGUCCGUGGCAAUGCCAAGGCUGAGACCACAGAUCUCUUGCCCGCUCACCUGCCCACAGUGCCAACACUUGGCCACAUUGGUCCCCCACACCACCCAGUCAACCCCACCCAAGACCAGAGACUGAAAGCAGUUUCACCUGUUUUAAUAUUUAGGUUCUCACCUGACCCUAGAGAGGCAGCUCAGUGUUUAGAGAAAGAGCUACAUGCUCUGAGGAAAGAGAACGUUGGACCUAAAUUGGGUAAAGCGUGCAUGAACCUUGACCACAAGACAUAAGGAAAACCAAUCCUGGACCAAUUUCUCUGGGAAGGCCAGUAGGCCCAGACAUCAUGGGGGGCAGAGAGUUCGGCAUUUCAGACCUGGAGGCUAGAAGUUGGGUGGGGGUGGGAGCUUUGAGAUUAGGCUGUCUGGAUGGGUCCUGAGGAGUUGCAGGGCUCUGCAGGUCAGGGUUGGCAGCACAGCUGGGUAAAGACAGAGAUGAGACUGCUCAUGACAGCUGCAGAAACAGCACCUGCCUGGGAGGACAAAAGGUGGUGCUGGCCAGGAUGAGAGACCAUGUGAGUGGGUAACUGUGAGCACCCUAGGAUGCAGGCAGUGAGGCUGGGCCCUGGACUGACUGGAAGCCCAGUGGCAGCUUAGGUAAGAGAUGCCUGAUGCCAGGCAUCCUCUAGGUAUCUAGUGAUAAUAAUUGAAUGAAUGGAGAAAUGAAUGUGUAUAAACCCCCAGGAGAUGUGACUUUUUUUUUAAGUGGGCAAUUAGUAAUAGGUAAUUUAAAACACUAUUCUAUUUAAUUCUUAGCAACCGUAUAAACAGCACAUUAAUAAUGUUGCUUAGACGUUUGCUCAAGGUCAGGUAGGUACUGAAUGAACUUUAAUAUGAUCCUAGGUCAGUCUGACUGCAGGGGCUUCCAGGAAGUCUUCUCUGAUUCCCACUCCUCACCCACAGACCUUAUUCUCCUAGGUGAAUAGGUCAUGCUGCCCAGCAGGGUCAGCGUACUAGUUGCCUAUUGAGGCUAUAAUGAAUUACCCAAAACUUAAUGACUUAAAGCAACACAAAUUUAUUAUCGUGCAGUUCUGGAGGUCACCAAUAUGAAAUCAAUUUCACUGGGCUAACUUAAAGUCAAGGACUUGACAGGCCUGCAUUCCUUCUAGAGACUCUAGUCAUUUCUUUGCCUUUUCCAGUUUCUGGAGGUUGUUUGUGUUCCUUGGUUCACAGCCCCUUCCUCCAGCUUCAAAGCCAGCAGCACAGCAUCUUCUCUCUUCUCUGACCUCUGCUCCCAUCCUUCCAUCUUCACUAACUCUCCUGUCUCCUCUUAGAAGGAUUAUAUUGUGAUAAUGUAUCCUUGUGAUUACAUUGGGCCUACUGGAAAAUUCCAGGAUCAUCUCCCCACAUCAAGAUCCUUAAUUUAACCGUAUCUUCAAAGUUCCUUUUAUCAUAGAAGGUAAAAUGUUCACAGGUUCUGGGAAUUAGGACAUGAACAUCUUUGGAGGAAGGGGCAUUAUUCACCCCAUCACAGGCAGAGAUGGAGGGUGGGCAGGAGGAGGUACCCAGGCCCAGAAUGAGCUACUGUGCUUUGCCCAGCCUCUGUCAGCCCAGAGUGGGGGGCAGUGUCACGGGGGAGGUGGACAGACCUAGGUCCUGUGUCUGGAGAAUGGCAAGUGCCUCCUGCAUCAUCACUACCAGCAAGCGCUGAGAGUGAAGAUCAGACUUGGGAGAAAUUCUCAGUUUAGGGAAUUCUCCUGGUGACCAUGGUGGAGGGUUCCAGUAGGCUCUGUCUUCAGUAUUACCUCCUUUCCAGAAUCAUUCUGUGCUUUUUAAGGCAGAAGAUAACUACCACCAAUGAACCAGCCUGAGUUCUCUCUGAAGAGGAUAGAUCCACUGUCUCCUUUUAAAAUUAUUUUUUAUUUAUUCCUUAAUAGUUAAACCAUGCUCCUCAGAGCAUGGUGAACUCUCAUCAUCAGUGGAUACUGGGCCCCUUUGUUUUAUUUUCUUCUUUUAUCCCUUAUCCUUAGUUUCAUUUGUCUCCCUGACCUGGUGUACACAUACGUGUUCAGUAUGUAUUUGGAAUGUAUCAUUGAAAAUAUAUAUAAUUAUGUGUUUUAAUAUAUAUAAAUGGUAUGCUUUUACAAUUAGCUAACUUCUAUAUAGAAUUACUCCAUAUUUCAGUGAUUUAACACAAUAAAGAUUUAUUUUUCACCUACAUAGGAACACAGGUAUUCCUGCUUGGACAGCUCUCUUCCACUGCCCAUUUCAGGUCCCAGCAUCCUUCCAUUUUUAGGGGGUGAUAGCCUGAUUCUGUAUCAUAAAGUUCCCCAUCAAUUUUUCACAGAAUUGUUUUACUCUCCAUUAAAUGACCAUUUUAUAAGUUGGUUAUUUCACUAGCUAUGACAAAAUGAUGAUUUUCUAAUGCUAUUAUUUUUUCUUUAAUUCUGUACAAAAACCUUUUUUCACAUCCUCUAGGACCAUUUGGUUAUCCUAUAAUAAAGUUCAUAACAGAAUGGCAAAAUAAAAGCUGAAAUCUCUUCCCUUAUUUAUCUCUUCAAAAGUAGUAAAUUGAUACUUCUUGGUGCUGAAUUGGAGUCCAAUAAUUUUUUGUUUUUCUAAUUGGUAGCUAAUUAGUGUCCAAUAAUUUUUUGUUUUACUCUCUUUAAGUUACUCUUCUGACCUCCUAAGUUUUAGAUAUUUAAUGUCUUUAAGUCAUUACAGUUACUUUUUGUUUUAUAUUAUAUAAAACCAAGCAUAUAUGAAAGUAGAGAAAAUAAUAUAAUGAAUUCCCAUGCACCUGUCACCCAGCUCCAAUAAUUAUCAACUCAUGGCCAAUCCUGGUUAUUUAUUCCUUCAACUAUUCUUCCCCCAACCAAGAUUAUUUUGAAACAAUAUGAUAAAUAUGCUACCAAUAUACUAACUAUGAUACCAACUCAUCUGUAAAUAUUUUAGUAUAUGUCUAAAACUUAGAUACUUUUGUUAGCAUUAUUGCAUCUAAAAAUUAAUAAUCCUUCAAUUUAAUAAAAUAUAGUUCAUGUGUUCAAUUUUCCCUAAUUUUCUGAUAAACUUAAAAAAGAGUUUUAGUAUCAGGGUUAUGCUGGCCUUCUACAGAGAGUUAUAAAGUGUUUCCUCCUCCCCUGUUUUCUAAAAGCACUGUGUAUGAUUGCUAGUAUUAUUCAUCAGUGAAAUAAUCUGGGCCUGGAGUUUUCUUUCGGAGGAAGUUUUGGUAACAAUUUAAUUUCUUUGAUACAUAUAAGGCUAUUCUGAGCUCUAAGUUCAUUUCCAGUUCGUUUUAAUAAAUUGUAUUUCUCGAAGAAUUUGUUUCAUCUAAGUUGUUAAACUUACAAGCAUGAAACUGUUCAUAGCACUCCCUUGUUAUUCUUUUUAAAACUCCAUUCAUUGUCAAAUAAAGCACAAAUAUAGAAAACGCACAGAACAAAUAUAAGCCUUAAUGAGUUAUUCUGGGACAAACACUUUUGUAACUACUACCCUGUUAAGUCCUGUCUAUGUGCCCCAUCCCAAUUAUAAUACCCUUGCUCUGCCAUUUCCUGAUUAUAAUAUUUACUUCUUUACAUCUUUUCUAGUUUUAUCAUCCAAAUUAUAUCCACAGGUAAUGUAGUUUAGUCUUGUCCAUUAAAAAAUAUUGAUGUGUCUUUAUUCCUUUCUUAAUUCCUUACUAUUUAUUUGUUGAAGAAUCUGGGCUUUUUGACUUGAGGAGUUUACCACAGUCUGGAUUUCAGUGAUUUAAGUACGUGUGGUGCAAUUCUAAAUGUUCCUGUAUUCUCCGCAUUUCCUGAAUAUUGGUAGUUGGAUCAGAAAUCAGAUUUGAUCACUUUGGCAAGAAUAUAAGAGGUGUAUAAAUCUAAUUGUCUCUAUGCUUGUGUUUUUUUUCAGGUGCUGAUGCUUAUAGCCUGUAUUCAUUAAUUCAGUGAAUUGCAAAAUGGUGCCAUUAAGUCUAUCAUUUCAUUUUAUUUAUUAGUUGAAAUACCUACAUAAAGAGAAACAUCCUCUUUAUGUAUGUACUGUUUGGUUUCUGAGUGUACCGUUUACAUAGGAAAACCAGGAUAAAUGCUUGAUUCUUUCACACCAAUUUUCAAGGUAAUAAAUUGGAUUCCUAAUAUCCUCCAAAUGUAGCCAUUAAAAAAAAUCAUUAUGAAUUUA